AUUGUCAAAAAAAUGCAUUUUUUAUUCAGUGUUUUGAUCUCUGUUUGUUAAAUUAAGAAAAUAUUUUUUAUUUUUUCAUUGUUCACAAGUUGCUGCGGGUGCUUUUAAUAUUGAAAAGUAACUAUCGGUAAACGCAGUUAUGCUCAUUUAUAAACGGACUUUAUAGCAAUGCGAUUUGGAUGAAUUUUAGCCACAAAAACGCUUUAUUCAAAUGGCGCAGCAGUUUACUUGGUACCAACCAGACAACCACCACAGAUAUGAUGAACCAUCAACGUCUUACAAUCAGUAUUCGGUUCCACUGUGUUCAACCAAUGAUGUCCAGUUACGAUUCUUAUGUCCAGAUGAUUUGGAAGAAGUCCGAACAUUAUGCCAAGACUGGUUUCCACUGGACUACCCGCUUUCAUGGUACAUUGAUAUCACAUCUAGCACAAGAUUUUUCGCUUUAGCUGCUAUCUAUGAUUUUACGAUAAUUGGCCUAAUAGUCGCCGAAAUAAAACCGUACCUUAGGCUAAACAAAGAAGACAAAGAUAUCUUACCUGAAUCUAUGGGCAGGGAUGUUGAUGUAGGCUACAUUCUAUCGCUGGGUGUUCAUAAAAAAUUUCGUCGAAACGGCAUCGGAUCGCUGCUGUUGGAUUCGCUGUUAUCCCAUCUGACCACAGCCGAACGGUCGAAGGUGAAAGCGAUUUUUCUCCAUGUUCUGACGACAAAUCAACCGGCGAUUUUAUUUUAUGAAAAAAGACGCUUUCGGAUGCAUUCCUUUCUGCCUUAUUAUUAUUGCAUCAGGGGAAAUUGUAAGGACGGAUUUACUUAUGUUUUAUAUAUCAACGGCGGACACGCACCUUAUAGUUUAUUAGAUCAUUUAAAAAAUUGGUGUUCAUUACUGCGAAGAACCGGUGGUGUGUGUACAUGGAUUGGUAACCGAAUUAUUGGCGUAUUUCGAUGGCUAAGACAUCGAACAUUCUCUCGCUUCAAUUUUGCGACCUGACACAAACUAUGGAAUGGGAUCAAUAGUAAAGUAAAUGUAUAUUAAUUAAGGACAAAAGAAAAUCAUCAGAAAAUUGGAUAUGAGUCAACGAACUGGAAACAGUGACACCUGGCUGUAACCAUUUUGUUGAUUUUGAUUUUAGCUGCAUUUCGAACAUUUAACAUUUAAAAAAAAUUCCUCUUGUGAUUCAGAGUGUAGCGCACACAUAAUAACUGUACGAUAGCCGGAUCAGUUUAAAUUCUCGCGUCCCAUUCGAUUGGUUGUUCGGUGUUUUUUUUUUAAUUU